AUGGGACGUUUUCACUACCUACUGGGCGUACUGCUCUUGUUCGUCACAUCUUCUCUCUGGAUAGCGCUGAAACUGCGUGCAGACUCCCCGAGUCUGACUUUUGGCUACCGCGAAUGCCUCUGUUCAGACGAUGCCAAAGUGAACAACACUUCUGCGGAGAUCAAGACGAUAUUCUUACCUCAGCCAAGUGCCACAAACAGUCAGGUGAAGGGAACACCACUUCCUGAAAAGUCCAGCUACCUGCCUAUUACAAAUUCAUAUCGGCAUCACAAGCUCUCGACAUCCCAGCCAAACUAUGGCAGAAGACCGGCCCCAUGGGAAUCAGCCCAGAGCGAGAGGUCGAAGUACGCAGCUGGCUGGACAAGAAUCCGAGCCUUCGACUACGUCCGCGAACAAUAUGCCGACUACCCGCACAUUCUCGAUCUGUAUUUAUCGCUCCAAGUGCCUAUCCUGAAGGCAGACCUUCUCCGACAACUAAUCCUCUAUGCCGACGGUGGAAUCUGGAGCGACCUUGACGUGACAUGCCAUCAACCAGUCGACACAUGGAUUCCGGAGAAAUUCAAGAGUAAAGCCAAUGUCGUCGUCGGUUUGGAAUUCGACGGUUUCCAAUUCUCAAGUUGGACAGUCAUGAGCAAACCGAGGACAAGUCACAUUGUCGCCGUGAUAAAAUAUGUCAUCAAGGCUUUGGAGGUCUCUGCAACACAGAAUAAUGUCACCGUGGCCGACCUAUCGAUGGAAAUGAUCAGCGACGUCGUCGAUGUGACAGGACCGCAAGCCAUGACUCGUGCGCUCUUUCAAAACUUGGAGCUCGAAAUGGGGUUGCCCAUGGGCCGAGACAACAUUACAAACAUCACACAACCAACACUCUUUCAGGAUGUUCUAGUUCUUCCUGAUGCAGCCUUUGCCGCUGGACAAGGCGGCUGGCCAAAAAACAGAGGCCCUUACCUCGUAGAACAUCAUUAUGCUGGCUCUUGGAAGAACAAAGAUGGGGGUGAGCAGGCUGACGCCGACAACCAAGAGUGA